AUGUAUAAAAGGUUAGGAGGCUUGAAGGUAUACGCACACCUUCGAAGCAAGUCAUUCUAAAAGAAGAAGCAAAAGAGAAAUAAGGAAAUGUCUCAAAAACCUCAUCAUGACGCAGAGGAAGAUCACAUAAUAAAACCUGAAGAAGGACUUACGAUUUUUAAACCGCGAGCACUUAGUAUUGUCUGGGGUGAAGAUACCCGCUAUUGGAUCUUACCUGACCGCACGAGCACGACUGGCCCUGCAGAGCUGAAACAAGUUUGUUGGCUUGAGGUAAACGGUAAGACGAAACAAGGAGAACCUCCAGCUGCUGGAAAUUAUGAAGUUGGUUUCAAAAUAGCACUUAAGGACGAUGCAUUUGGAUGGUCUAACUGCCAUGUUUUACUGGUGGCCAAGGUUGGGAAAAGAGGAAAGUACGCAUGGAGAAAGGUACCACUGAAUAAGGACGAACAACAAGCUAAUGGUGGCAGUUUGCAAAAAAAUAUUCGACUCGAGAUUAAACCAAGUGAUGAGGAUAGGCAGAUCUAUUUUGGUAUGUAUGAAGUAUGGAGUGCAAGAUGGAAGGGAGGUUUGUUGAUUUAUGAGGCACGUAUAAAAAGGCUGUAAGCUAUAAACAGUUAAAUAGGCAAUGAACUUAUAGAGUUCAACCUAUAUACAUAUAUAUAUAUAUAUAUACAAGAACUUAUAGAGUUCAACCUAUAUACAUAUAUAUAUAUAUAUAUAUAUAUAACUUUUGCUUGUUUGUGUGUGUAUUUGUAUGUUUACAAUACAAAUGUCUGCAAGCAUCUAAAUACUGAGGACUACCCUGAAAUAUCAUUAGUGAGAACGAUUUAAAUUAAGAUUGCUAAAUUCUUUAGCAUAUAUAUUUAUGUACGUCAGAAAUAAUAAAAUAAAAUAUAUGAAUAUUCUAUUUGAUUUU